UAUCAGUGAUAAACCUGGAUUCUUAUUCCACCCUGCGAGAGUGCAGCAAGAAUUUUGCUUUAACGGUGAAGUUGUCACUCUUCUUUAGUAGCGUAAGAAAUACAUAUGUAUAUAAAUACUAAAGUGAGUUUCAAGUGUAUUCUUUGAUAGCUUAGACACCAACAGAACACUUUAGUGAGUAAAUUGGUGGCGGUAUCUUUUUUUAUUUCUAAUAGUUGUGCUUCUGGAAUUUUUGUAGCCGAAGCGCAAACGUUAGUCUACUUUUUUUCUUCUUCUUUUUUUUUCUUUUUCUUUUUUUUAAGAAAAAUAACAAACCCACAAGCUUAGUUUAGUAGUAGGUGCACACUUUAACUCCAGAAUGUUGAGAGUGACACUAACAUAUUUGAGUUACCAGAACAAGGACAUUCUAAUACAACAAGAUUACUUUGGUUUUCUUUCUCAAACAGCUUUUGAUAAACUAAAUCUUAAUGUUAUAUGAAGUUAAAAGUGUAGUUGUUCUUGUUCACCCCUUGGAAUAGCAUACUGUCUUUGAAAAAUAAAGCUUUUCCGUUCCUCUUUUUUUAAUCUGAUACAGAUACUUGUAUUAAAUACAUAUAUAAUGCAUGCCCUCUUAUUGGCUUUAUAGUUAGGGAGUAAUUAACCAUUUGCACUAUCCAAGUUAAAUACUAGAAGGCAGGAAAACAGUACUGUCUUUAAUCCUAACUUAGUUGAAGAAACUGUAUUUUGGAUUGUACUGGUUUGCCAGCAGCUGUGUAGAAAGGAAAACAGGAAUAAUACUUACCCUCAGUAGUAGUUAGUUACUAAAGGGUCAUUUCUGCUUUGUUUUGGAAAGUUUAGUCCAACUAUACUGUAUUGCAAGAUUUCAUUUUACAUGUACAGUGCAUGUUUUAAUAGCUGUUUGAAAUGUAAAAAUGAGAAUGUAAAAAAUGUAAAAAAUCCUUGGACUUUAUAACAAAAGUCACACAGACAUUUCUGUAUAUUAAAUCAGAAUAGGCAAGAAAAGGAACAAAACAAACAACGCAAGUAUCAAAGUCUUUCCUAAUGAAGUAAAAUUUAGCAGCAAUCUGAAAAUAACCAGUAAGACCAAAAUAUACUUGAGCUGUCAUAACCUUAGAAGAGGUAAUCUGUAUCAUCUAGGUCAAGUUGAAAAUAGAUUGUUGUGGUCUGUGUCAUAAGGCAAGAUAAUUCCUGGGUGAAUAGGCAGAUGUAAAUUUUGUGCUUCAGCUGAAUGCUCAGGGAGAUCUAGUAGAGUUUGCUUUGCUAAUGGCAUUUGAUCCUACAGACCUGUCUGUAGACUGGAGCAUAAAAAUCCUUUUUUAAUAAUCCUUAAUUUCAUUGCAGUUUAUUAAAAAUAAAAUUUGAUUUCUGAACACAUACUGACAGCCAUAAGCAUUUUUAAAAAUAAAUUAGUUCAAAUUAAGAGAUAAUGUAGUGAAAGAUGCAAGUUGUAGUCUGAUUGUCAGAGAUCUGUAAGAAAGUGGGAGUGAAGAUGAUUUUUUUUAUAAAUCCAAAACUCAUGCUUCAGCACCUAUUAGUCUUUCAGCAUUAACAGUGAAUUUUUCCUGUUGUGAGAAAAACACGUUUUGAAGUUUUCACCUGGUACUACCAAGGUAGUUGCACUUAAAUUCCAUUCACCAGAGUCAUGCAUUGUGCGUUUCUUGUUACAAGGUAAAGACCAUCACUGAUGGAUCUCCAGGGAAAAAAGUCUAGACAUGCUGGCAUAAAAUUUUGAGUUCAAUAAUUCCUUCUGACUCGCUGCUCUCCAGCUUUGAAGCACUUUGUGAAUCCACUUCGUCUCUGCAUGGCGUGCUUAUAAAGUUUGAAGUUAUCCCUGCAGUUCAGAUAAAAUCAGACAUCCAUUUUACUAGGCAAAAAAAUUUCCAACAACCAACCUGAACAAAAACCCCCCAAAACACACAAAAAAUCCAGCUAUCCUGUUCUAGACUAUGUGUACUUGAUCAGUUUCUUGGUUUGGAAUUAAACCUCACAUCCUGUUCCUGGGGAGGCAGAAUCAGUAGCAUUACUGUAACAGUGGGCAGCUACAUUGGAUUUAAGCUUUCCUGGUCCAUUUUCAGAGGUAAAGGCAGCAGCACUAGGCCUUGAGCCCCAUGUCAGUUCUCGUCUUUUCUUUAAGCUGGCCUGUCACAAAAUCCUUUUCUUCAGAAGAUCCUGCAGGUCCCUUCUGUACUGCUCAGAGUUGUACCUGCUGCCUUGAAGCCUUUCUUGAUGAGGUCUCUGUCAAGUGCACCUCUAGUUCUAAAGCAGCUGGUUACUGGUGUUGAUCCAGUCAAACUAAAACCUCAAGCGUAAACCUUCCUAGGCCCCUGAACGCGUUCUGUGCUGUUACUACAGUGUGUCUUACCGGUACUGUUCCUUCUUUGUGUUUGGUCUUGGAGAAUCAGCCUGUGUGACAAGUUAUGGGUAAUAGUAACUACACUACUUACAGUAAUAGUGUAACACUAUCUGCACAGGUGGAGGGAAAAGAUAUCCACAUUACUUUUCUGAGCAGAAGCACUGUCUUACUUUGUCACACUGCAAGCAUUCUUGAAGUAUUCAAUUUCGUAAACAGCAGAAAUCUUUACAAGCAGGACUAAAGAGCAGGUAUCCAAAUAACGGUAUCCAAAGCCAGAUUUGUUGUUUUGAAGUGAGCUCAGGUUGGUUCUCGGUUUUUGCUCUGGCCGUGGCUGGAGCUGGGUGUUCCCGGAGGUGCCGCGGCCGGGCCCGGGGCACUGACGGACCCUCUUCAAACCGCUCCCUCCCGACACCGCCCGCGCGGGCCCGCCCCGCCCCCUCAUUGGCUCUGCCCGAGCACUGCCGGGCUCCUAUUGGCGGGCUCCCCCUGUGCCCCGCCCCCGUGCCCGACGGGCGCUGUUUCGGCGGGCGGCAGGUCCGGCUGCGCCUGCCCCUUCGCCCGCCCAUGGCGCUGCUGCUGGAUCUGCUCCGCCGGCUGCUGGAGCUCCUGGGCUGGCCGCCCCACCAGGCCAUAUUUUUUGAAACUCGCAUGCUUGGCAGCAGUAUCACUCGUGCAGUCAGAACGUGCCUUCCUUCAGCAGUCUCAUCAGGAAGGCAUUUCCAGCGGUUAUACACCAUCAUAAGGAAGUAUCAAAUCAAGGUCGUAUCUGUUUGCCAAAAAAAGCAAUAUGGAUCUACUCGAAGUGUUGUCCGGAGACUUGGGACAAUUCUUUCCCUGGAGCCCUAUCCAAGACCUUAUUUUCAACUUGUUCAAGACCCAGAUCCAUUGGGUUAUGAUGAACAAAGUGCAGCUCCAACUUCUGUGGCUCCAUCACUUGCUGAUGUCCUGUGGGUGGCAAGUGAUGAAGGACAGGCUUUUACUAGACAUAGGACUGAAUUACGGAGAAAAGAGAAAAGCACAGCUUGUCACAACCUAUAUCCAUCUAUAGAUUCAAUACAGAGCAUUCCAAGAAACAGUACACACAAAGACAAUAUUGAUCAAGCUGCACUCCAGAAGAUUUCUGCGCUUGAAGAUGAGCUAACCUUUCUUCGUGCUCAGAUUGCUGCAAUUGUUUCAGCGCAGACACUGGGAACCAUUCCAUCACCCUUUAAUACACUCAGCACUCCAGAUGGAUUUUACCCAGUGCCAGCCAUGACUUCCACACCAUUGUCCGUCUCUCACAAUCACUUUGUAAUUCCCUUGCCUCCUCCACUUCCUUCUGGUGUACCAUCUGGUGUUGAUUCUAGUAAAUCUGCAAUGGAACUCAUAAAACUACGCCGUGCUGCAAGAAACAGUGAUUCAAGUACAGCUGAUAGUGCUGAUCACCAGAAGACAAAGAACGUUCCUAGUAUGAUGGAUGUUUUGAAAGACCUGAACAAAGUUCAGUUGCGAGCUGUUGAGAGGUCUCCUGGAGGUACUCCUCUUCCUAGACACCAAAAGAGACAAAGUUCAGAUUGGGAUCCAGUUGCUCUACUAACUCACGCACUGAAGCAGAAAUUUGCACAUAAAAAUUAUGAUGAAGAUGAUUCUCUGGACAAAGAAAAUCGAUCUUUUGAUAACUCUCCAUUUUCUAGUCCGGAGAUCCCAACGGUUGGACGUUGCAGUCUGAAGCUAAAUGCAAAACCUAGCCUUACAAGAACUGAUGAAGUUGAACAGGUACCAGCGUGGAAAGUGAGAGCUCAUAUUUAGCUGCAGUGGAGACUUCUGAGGAAACUUCAUAGUGUACAUGAGUGGUGGGUCCACUUGGAAACUGCUGUAAGGUGCUGUAUUGUGUUGUUCUAGAACAGGUCUUUCCUAUGCUAUUCAAGUUUGGGUGUUGUAGGGUUUGUAAAAUUACCUCCUCCUUAGUUUCCCAGAAACCAAGCUUGUGAAUGUGAUGUUUUUAUGAGAAGCACAGAAGCAAAAGAGGGCUUCCAUUACUAUGUAGCAGUGUGUUUGAAACCUGGGAAAUCGAGGAAAGCAGUGUGUGUGGGGAGGGAAAUUUAUUACUGUGGCAGCUGAGGUGUACCUUCUGUUUGCACUCCAGUGUAAAUAACAAAGUAUAAACUUUUUGUUAGUGUGUUAUCACUGACUGUAUAUAAUGGUAAUACUUCGUCAUUAGAGUAGUAUAGUUGCCAUGGUUUUUUCUGCAGUUUGCUGAUGCAACUCUUUAUUCCAUGUGCAAACAAUAUUCUGAUUUAUUUUGGGUUAGGAGAUGAACUUUUAUGUUUGUGAAACUUUGUGCUGUAAGUAAACUACAGCUGCCUGUUAAGUGCCUGUAAUAUGAGGGAGUUGCAUUCUGAGAUAAAAAAGACCUGGAAGAGAGAUCUGCUAGCACAUAGUCUAAAUUCCAUAUGUAAGUAAACAUUAAUUCCCACCUCAACUUGUUCAUCUGACCUCAGUUUUGUUCACAUGAGUUUAUAAAAUAAAAUUUUCUUUAUAUUGUAGAUGUGUGUGGUAGUGGCCUUUUGUGUUGCAGAAUCUUUCGUAUCUUAAGAUCUGACCAUAUUAGACAACUUCUUAAAUUGCAUUAUCUAAAACUAAUUAAAGUACAGCUUAUAUUUUCUCCUGCCAGAGCACUUGAUGGAGCCACUUAUUUACAAAUUUAUUAUGAUCCACUGCUUACAGUAGCUGCCUUCACUUAGUCUUUUGUCUGAUGAUCCUGAUGUAUAAAACCUAAAUCCUGUCAGACUCUUGAAUGUGUCCCUUAUAUAUCCUGUGUGUCUUCUAUUUCCCUGCUCACUUACACAGAGUAGACUGACAGCUGUAUCCCCUCCUACUGCUGAGUCUUAUUUGCACAGAUGUAAGAAAUUAGAGUGCAAAUGCCAUACUUUCAUUUUAAUUUUAAAAGUUAUCUUUUGAGUAAACCUGAAGCUUAAGUGACUUGAUAUAUUAUGCUCCUAAAAUUAUAUCAUCUAGAUGUGUGUCUGUUUUUUUCUGGAUUUAGUAAUUAUUUAACUUUAUCAUAUUCUGCCAUUCCUUGCUU